CUAUAUUAGUAAGAAAGCGCUGCAGAAGUUGAAGCUGGGACUUAAAGUCCAGAAAUUGACAGACCCCAUAGUAUCCUCGUGGACAAUCGUACCAUGGUUGUAGAGGAUUACGUAGAGGGAGUCCAGGCAUAUUUCCGCCUAGAGAAAGAUGGGAAAGUGGAGAAGGUCCUCCACUCCCUGACUCUUCUCGUAGAAGACAACCUCCCAUUUGAUAUUGUCCUGGGAAUGGAUUGGGGAGAGGCAGCCGGGGCCACGCUCCAUUUGAAGGAGCACGAGUGUAGGCUCCCUAGUUCUUCAGGCGAGGCUAAGACUGCCUGCCUGUUUCACGUGUCAGGAGUAGAGAAUCCACUGGCACAUUGCUGCCUUAGUGCGCCUGCAUUCGCCAGAUUAGUAAAGAAGGAGAAACUGGAGGAACAGGUCUUUGUCGCCUAUGUUAGGUCGGUGAUUGAGCCUACAGAAAAAAGGUCGAUGGACCCUGCAAUUGCCAAGUUGUUGGAAGAGUUUAAGGAUUUGACUGAGCCGCCAACAGGCACGGUGCCGUGGCCCAUCCAGCACCGUAUCGAGAUAGAGCCUGGUAGUAGAACUCCUAAGGGUGCUGUGUAUAGGAUGUCCCCGCGGGAGUUAGAGGAGCUUCGCAAGCAAUUAGACGAACUCCUCGAGAAGGGUUGGAUUAGGCCCAGUUCGUCUCCUUUUGGAGCGCCCGUUCUCUUUGUUCCUAAGAAAGAGGGAGAGCUGAGGAUGUGCAUAGACUAUAGGGGUCUGAAUGCUAUUACAGUAAAGAAUGCUGAGCCACUGCCUAGGAUAGACGAUCUCUUAGAUCGAGUGCAGGGGGCGAAGUAUUUUUCUAAGAUAGAUUUGAAGUCCGGAUAUCAUCAGAUAGAAGUGCAUCCCGAUGAUCAGUAUAAGACAACCUUCCGGACUAGGUACGGGCAUUAUGAGUUUAUAGUGAUGCCCUUUGGACUAACCAAUGCGCCAACAACUUUUCAGCGGUGUAUGAACGAUUUGUUUAGGCCGUGGUUAGACAGAUUUGUUGUAGUUUAUCUAGAUGAUAUUCUAGUGUUUAGCAGGACCCUCGAAGAGCAUCAGGGUCAUCUCAGGCAGGUCUUGGAGAAGCUGAGGGAAGCUAACUUCAAGAUCAAUGCAAAGAAGUGCGAUUGGGCGAAAACCCAGGUUUUGUACUUAGGCCACGUCUUAGACGGAGACGGUGUUAAGCCAGAGGAUAGCAAGAUCGCAGCGAUUAGAGAUUGGUCCACGCGACGUACGCUGACAGAGUUGCGCUCGUUCCUGGGCUUAGCUAAUUACUACCGGAAACUCGUGAGGAACUUCUCCACCAUCGCUGCGCCCCUUCGCAUAUUGUUGAGAAAGGAGACCAUCUGGAAGUGGGAUAAGGACUGCACGUCUGCCAUGAAGAAGUUAAAGCAGGCAUUGAUAGAGUAUCCAGUCCUUAAAGUCGCCAAUCCGUCCUUGCCCUUUGUCGUCACGACCGAUGCGAGUCAAUACGGCAUAGGCGCAGUAUUACAGCAAGACGAUGGCAAUGGGUAUAGACCCGUAGAGUUCAUGUCCGCUAGAAUGCCUUCAGAGAAGGUCGCGACAUCCACCUAUGAGAGGGAACUCUACGCUCUUGGGCAAGCCUUAGACCACUGGAAGCACUACUUGCUUGGGAGGCACUUCAAAGUCUAUUCCGACCAUGAAACGUUACGAUGGUUAAAGACGCAGGCCAAGAUGACACCUAAGCUUACUAGGUUGGCCGCAGAGAUAGAUCAGUACGACUUCGAGCUCAAGCCUGUCAAAGGGAAGAACAACGUAGUCGCGGAUGCUCUGAGUAGAAGAGCUGAUUACUUUGGGGCAAUAGUACAUUACCUUGAUAUAGGGAAGGAUCUGCAGCAGAAGGUUAAAGAGGCCUACGCGCAGGACCCUAUCUACAGUGACCUCCUCAAGAAAGUCAAAGAAGCCCCAGAGACUGAACCGAACUACCGCACUACCGAAGGGUUGCUUUUUGAGAAGACUAAUGUUUUUGACCGCCUGUGCAUUCCCAAUAGUGAAGAGGUCCGUAGUCUGAUUUUGGGAGAAUGCCACGAUACAGAGGGUCAUUUUGGUUGGCAAAAGACGUUAGCCAAUCUGAUGCGCGCAUAUACCUGGCCAGGAAUGAAGAAUGACUACGUAGAAAGUGGAGUGCUGGAUCCAUGCGGUGUCUGUAAUGGCAGUGGUCGGUUUGUGGACGUGGUGGGAACUUGUUGCCACACAUUGAGGGAUGCGUCGGGAGUCUGUUGCCCAAAUGGGAUGCUCGAUGACUGCCAUGUGUGUGAUGGUGACGGAAGUACCUGCGCAAUGACUGGAACAAUUGUACUGGACGUCGAUGACAAAGAAGAAUUUAUGCCAUCACAGACGGCAAAAGACAAUCUCCAAGUGUGGUUCAUACAGGAGAUGCGGGCGAUAUUGGGUGUGUGGGAGGAGGAUGCCAUCAAGGUGGUGAACUGGACCUUUGAUGAUAACGCAACCAGUAGCACCGUGUCUUAUGAGGCAUUCAAGCCGAUGCCCAAGGGUAGUAGUGAGGACGGCUUCAUCAUGGUAAGGUGGUUCCUGGGAAGGGAGAAAUGGAAAAAGAGGUUCAUGAAGAGGUAAUAUUGAUUCCUAGACAGGGAUUAAGUGCACAAAAGGGUUCAUGGAAGAGGUGAUUUUGAUUCCAAGUAUGAUAAGCUCCAUAACAAUGAACCUGCCCCCAAGAA